UAGGAAACCUGCUCUAUGGGAAGGCGGUAAGCGGCCUCACACUCCAGUAGGUGGCGGUGUGUGUACCUUUGAAGUAGUAGCAAACGGAAGUGAACAGCGACCAAUAAUCAUUUCCAAGUUACCGUUUUUAUUGUUGUUUUUCAGACAUUUAUUAACACCAUGGACUCUUAAUUGCACAGCAUCGCAUACUUGUCCCAGGUAGUCUUUAAUUCGCGUUGGUGACCGGACUUGGUUGAUAGACGUUAUCUCGGUAACGCUAGCUAACAAUGGCUAACUGUAUGGUUCUUCACACGCAAAUAGCCUCCAUUAUGGAGGUGCUAGCGAAUGCAGCCGUGACAGAGGUCUGUAAACUCGUAGACGACGACUAUGCAGUGUUUCGUUUGGAAAUAACUCAAAGCCAGAAAGAAAACAGGACAUUGCGGAGGAAACUACAGCUACUGGAACUGAAGGUAGCACGUGAGCGCGCAGAGACAACGCAAGAUCGCGUCCUCGCCAGUCGUCCCAGAAGUGUCAAGAUCCUCGACCCACACAGAGAAAUGACUAGAGGUGAAGGACAUCUCCCUGGAGGCCACAGGAGCUUUGUGAAGCCAGCUGGACACAAUACAUGGAGAGAUGACCAACCAAUCACUGUUGAUGAGGGGAGUGGAACCUCAACCCAGCAAGUUAUCGUAAUAGAUUCUGCAGAUGCAGAGGCUGUAGGUCUUAGGGUCAAGCAGGAGAGGUCUGAAGGAGAGGAGGACCCAUGGCACAUCCAGACUGGAGCGCCCCCUGUAGCCACGGAGGACACCACAACCGCCCCAGUGCUGCCAAGGACCCGACGCAGCAUCACGGAGGAGGAGGGUCCAGAGGUGCUGCUGGUGAAGGAGGAGGGGUGUGAGGAGAGUCUUGGGAACCCUGAGGGGACCAUGGUCAUGGAGGACAACCAGACUACACCUCCUGAACCCACAGAGGAACCAGCUGAGCAGCACAGGACCACACACAGUCUCACUGAGUCAGUAGACAUGGAGGAUGGGAAGCCUGAUCUGCUGCUGGUCAAAGAGGAGACAAUAGAAGAUGGACCAGAGAGCAUUGAUCUGCUGAGUGGACUAAAGAUGGGGGAGCAAGGUGGUUGGUUGGAGGCUAACAGAGGAGACUGGACAGCCACCUUGGAUUCCCAGACAGGUGCAUCCAAGGGCUCAGGGGAUGACAUCACUGUACAGUCCAGGACCAGAGGCGACAUAGUGGAGGUCAGUGGAUGGGACAGCAUCCUCAACUCUGGGCUGGGGUACAACACUGUUAACCACAGACAGAAACAGACAGUCGAACACAAAACGACAUCUGAAUUUAGUCUCCAUGACAACAGACUGGCUGAGACCUGGGCGAGGCGUAGACUUGGUCUCCGGGGACGGGGAGGUGUCAGUUUGUGGCGGAAGAGAAUAGAAAUGGACUCAGCAAGUGAUGCUCCGUCCUGCUCCUAUAGUUGUGAUUCAGAGAGACUGAUGGAGCCUCAGGUUAACCCCCUAACAGGUGCUGCCUUCAGCCUGCCUUCUAUAGGAUCUAUCAACUGGAACAUGGACCCUGAGACAACACAGACUCUCCCUGGCCUUCAUCCUCCUCACACUCUCCUAAUGUUAAACCAGACCUCAGACAAUGCCAGUGCCUCAACACUAAAUGGCUACACAAGCCCAUUGACAAAUGACAGUAGUAGAGAUGCAAUCAGUAAAGGUGGCUGCGCCAAAGAGAAGAGCUUCCCGUGUUCAUUCUGUGAGAAAGCCUUCAGUUUCCCCAAACAGGUGGAGAUCCACCAGAGGAUUCACACGGGGGAGAAACCAUUCCUCUGCCACCUAUGCCGGGUCAGUUUCUCCCACUCCUCCAGCCUGAAGAGGCACCAGAGGGUCCACACCGGGGUGAAACCCUUCAGCUGUACCCAGUGUCACAUGCGCUUUGCCCAGGCUGGUGACCUGAAAAGGCACCAGAGGGUCCACACAGGGGAGAAACCAUACAGCUGUACUCAGUGUGAGAAGAGGUUCUCCCACCAGCACAAGCUGAAGAUGCACCUGAAGGUCCACACGGGAGAGAGGCCAUUCGCCUGUACGCACUGCGGGAAGAGGUUCUCAGAGAAGAGCUACCUCAGGAUACACCAGCAGAAAAACCAUUCCACUCUAUAACAUAGAAAGUAACCUUUCCACUUGUUAGACGUUUAGAUCAAACCCUGCAUUAAACACAAAGAUUAAUUUUCAUUGUCAACAGAAAAUAGCCACAGAUACAUUUGGAAUAACAAGAUUAACAGAUUUCAGUGUUAAAUAUUCCAUGGUAGAAUAUUGCAUCCAGACAUUGUGUGCUAUAUAAUCCUAAAAAGUCUGUUACAUAUUGUUUGUACUGUGUAGGAUAUAUGAUGUUCACAAAUGCAUAUUUCUUUACUUCCAUUCAACUAUUAAAUGUUUUUCCCAAGACACUUUCUAAUGAGAAAAUGAAUAAAGUAUAUCAAGUACAUGCUGAUUUAGUUGAGACGUAUGUGGUUUUCAUAUGGUGUAUUCAAAACUUGUUUAUGUUUAAUAAACACAAAAUGGGACUUUUCAUUCUAA